GGUCGUGGCGGUGGCGGGACUGGUUUGAAGCUGCACUGGUUGGCGAAACAUGUCUCAGGAAAGCGCGGCCCCGGCGAGCGCUGUUCCUCUGGAAGAAUUAAGUAGCUGGCCGGAGGAGCUGUGCCGCCGGGAACUGCCGUCUGUCCUGCCCCGGCUCCUUUCUAUGUAUCAGCAUUCUGACAACUGGAUCGAGCAUAUUCAAAUUCUGAAAAUUAUUGUGGAGAUGUUUUUACCUCAUAUGAACCACCUGACGCUGGAAGAGACUUUCUUCUCACAAGUGCUGCCAAAGACUGUGAAAUUAUUUGAUGACAUGAUGUACGAGUUAACCAGUCAAGCCAGAGGACUAUCAAGCCAUAAUUUAGAAAUCCAGACCACUCUAAGGAAUAUUUUACAAACAAUGGUUCAGCUCUUAGCAGCUCUUACAGGAUGUGUUCAGCAUAUCUGUGUCACACAGGAAUCCAUCAUUCUAGAAAACAUUCAUAGUCUUCCCUCCUCAGUCCUACAUGUAAUCAAAAGUACAUUUGUACAUUGUAAGGAUAGUGAAUCUGUCUAUUCUGGGCAUUUACACCUAGUUUCAGACCUUCUCCAGGCUCUUUUCAAGGAGGCCUAUUCUCUUCAAAAGCAGCUAAUGGAAUUACUGGAUAUGGUUUGCAUGGACCCUUUAGUAGAUGAAAAUGAUGAUAUUUUGAAUAUGGUAAUAGGUAAGUGAGAAAACUUCCUAUUUAGUAUGUGACAUAUGUUGACUAAACUGUAUAUCCAUUAAAUUAUUGAACCCAACAUUGUUUCUAACGCUUCAUGGUAUUUUACUCACUCAUUAUGUAUAAAAAAAUUUAAAUCCUACCUGAUAAAUUUUUAAUCUU